AUUAAUUAUUUGCGUGUGUGUGUAAACCGGUGUUGAUAUUGAUGAAUUAAAAACUUUUUUAGUAUAUAUAUAUAUAUAUAUAUUUAUAAACAAACAUUUUCUAUGUAAAUUACAUAUAAGAAUGUAUUAAAAAAACAUAGUGAUCAAAAGUGAAUUUUAAAAUCAACGAUAUUUUUAAUUAAAAUCAAAAAAAUGAACCCUUCCGAACCAAACAGUGCUGAAACGUUAAGUUCGAAAAUGAAGGAUGUUAUUGAUGUUCUCGCCAUGCAGAGAGAGAAAAGAAAUAGCCUGCAAAAAAGUAUUAUCAUCGAAUAUAGCGGUGCAAAUGAUACUUUUACUGUUUCAAGAUUCAUCUUUGAAUGCGGGUAUAAAUUAGAAGCUCAUCCAUUGACAAUAGCUACGGCUGCAAUUUUAUAUCAUAGAUUUAUAAGAGAAGCUUCUGCAAAUGGUUAUGACAAUUAUUUAAUUGCAUCAACAUGUCUAUAUCUUGCCGGAAAGGUAAAAGACGAUGCAUUAAAAAUUCGAGAUGUAAUGAAUGUGGCUUACAAUACUCUUCAUAGAGGUUCACAACCACUUGAACUUGGUGAUCAGUAUUGGAGUAUGAGGGACGCAAUUGUUCAAGCUGAACUUCUUAUUAUGCGCAUGUUAAAAUUUCAAGUUAGCCCUGAGCAUCCACAUAGAUACUUACUGCAUUAUUUAAGAUCUUUGCAAGCAUGGUUCGGCGAGGAAGAAUGGUCCAAAUAUCCUGUGGCUAAAACUAGUAUGUCAUUGUUACAAGAUUUUCAUCAUUCACCAUCUGUACUUGAUUAUCCACCGAAUCUCAUUGCCAUUGCUUGCAUUAAUCUUUCAUUACAAAUUUAUGGUGUUGUCGUUCCAUUGAUGGAUGAAUGCGAUCAACAGCCAUGGUUUAAUGUUUUCUGUAAGGAUUUAACAAGGGACAAACUUUGGGAAAUUAUGGAAAAAAUAAUGGCUGCUUAUGAUGAGGAACCGGAAACAAGGGACAACUAGCAAAAGCAUUUAGACCAUUCUAAUAAGAAUGGUAAAUAAUAAAUUUCGAAAUCAACUUUCAUCUCUCUUUUAAUUCAAUUUUUAUCAUAACGUUUUCUACUUUUUCUCUUUAUUAUUAAAUUUCAAAGAUAUAAUGUUAAGUGUAAUUAAUAUAAAAUUUAUAAGGAUUAAGGAACAUUCCUUGACGGUUUGAGAGUCAUGUAAAAUAUUAUUUAUAGUAAUAAUAGUAAUAAAAAAAAAUGGUCAUAUUAAAAAUAA